AUGGAUGACCGAAGACCUGAGCAGGAACCGCUCUUGAGCAUCAUGGAGCGACAACAGGCCGAAGAGCCUGCGAACCGGGCAAAUGCGACAGAACAUCCCGAUGCGCCGCUCGAGGAUAGCCCUCGCCGCGAGCUCGAAGUCGACGAUGACUCUGGCCCAUCGACACCCCGGUUCAUGCAGGACGAAGGACACUGGAAGCGCUGGAGAUGGGUGCCAUUCCCGGUGCGCCGCAUCCUGAAGGCCACCGCGAAGUGGUCCAAAGGCCCCCCAAACCCACACGAUUACAAGAUCAAGCCCAUCUUUCCCCGAAUCCAAGAGUUUCCUCUUGUGUUGAUCGAUCGAUACCUCAGAAAAUUCAAGCACCGAGUCGGUAUUGUUUUCCUCUAUUUCGCCAUUUGGAUCAUCACAUUUGCUUUGGUCAAGAGGAAUGAGACCUUCGCUACCGAAGUUGAAGGAUGGGGAGCACCCUCGCAGAUUGGGUGCGGUGCAGCAUACUGGACAAGGGGAAAUAACUGCGGCCUCAAUGGUGCCGACUGCCGCCCGUUCAACGGUAGCGGCUUUGCCUUCAGGUGCUCAGCCAACUGCGCUGGCUACAUGGUUCUGAAUCCAAGAGCGGUCGGAGACCAGGAGAUCGUCUACCAGCCGCUUGUUGUCGGUGGACAAACCGACAACUCUAGUUCGCCGAUCUAUCGAGGUGAUUCUUUCAUCUGCGCCGCUGCAAUCCAUGCUGGUGUGAUAUCCAACGACAAUGGAGGUUGUGGCGUUGUCCGCCUGGUUGGGCGAAACGAGGACUAUCUGAGCUCGGAGAAGAAUGGGAUCGACAGCAUCAGCUUCGACUCCUACUUCCCGCUCUCGUUCACAUUUGAGCCUGGCAUUCAGUGCCGCGCUAAGGACCUAAGGUGGAAUCUGUUGGCGGUCUCUGUCGUUUUCACAACGGUUCUGUCUCUGUUUACGGCGUCACCCGCCCUUUUCUUCUUCUCAAUCUUUACUGGCAUAUUCUGGCAUGUCGGACUCGCCUCAGACCCUCCGAAUCACUACUCAGUCGCCGACCUUGUGUCGAACAUCAUUGGCAAAUACCUCCCAGCAAUGUUCUGCGCCUGGGUCAUGUAUGACAAAAUGGGAAUCCGACGAACGCUCAAUGGGCUCACUGCCCAGGUGGAGAAGACGAUUUUGUGGCUCGGUGGAUGCUGGGUUGGCGCGCUUACCAACUACACGUUCAGCUUCAUUCCGAUUCAGAGGCUGAAUGCGCAUGAUCUCAAUCAACAGCCGGGAGCAAAGGCGGCGUUGGCCAUCAUCAUCAUCGUCUUGGUGGUGAUCAUCGCCAAACAAAUAUGGUAUUUCAGGCAGGAGGGCCGCCUCCUGAAGUAUCUCAAGCUGUAUCUCCUCUUCGUGGGGGGCGUCAUUGUUUGCCUUGUCCUCCCAAACCUGAGUCUACGCAUCCACCACUACAUUCUAGCUUUGCUCUUGCUCCCAGGUACGAGCAUGCAAACGAGACCUUCACUGGUCUACCAGGGCAUUUUAGUCGGUCUCUUCAUCAACGGCAUAGCCCGCUGGGGCUUCGACUCUGUUCUCCAGACGCCUGCAGCCCUCCAAGGCGACGCCCAGCACGGGUCGGUCUUGCCCAGCAUUCUCCCACCCGUCAUCGACCUGGGCCAAGCCAUGUGGAGCAUCAACUUCACAUGGGCGACCCCCCCUGAUGGAGCGCGAUACGACGGCAUUAGCGUUCUCGUGAAUGACGUGGAGCGCUUCCGUACCUAUUUUGAUGACGGGCCCGUCCCUCCGACGAGUUUCCUCUGGAGCCGCCCGAGUGACCUUGGCAUGAACGAGUACUUCCGUUUUGGAUUCAUGGAAGGCAGCGAGAGCUAUGACUUCACUAAAGCUGGCAUUUGGAACACUGAAGGCAGAUGGAUAGACAUGAAGCCGGGCCCUUCCAUGAUCAGGGGUCGGUCUUUGUUGCACGAUGACGAGAGCGUGCCACGGUAA